AUGUUAAGAUUUUUAAACUGGCAACCAACUCUUUGUGCAUCGGAAGAAGAUUUAUCUUCCAAUGGUGAAAAUGAACGAUUAAAACGAUACAACGAAUUAACAAGAUCAAUGUCCGAACUUCUUCACGAGACUUUAAAUUUAAAAUUGGCUCCUAAAUUUACCGCACAUGCCCUGGGUUCGAAAUUCGUUGGAAAAAAAGAAAAAUCAAAAAAAUCAUUUUCUAAAAAAGCAGAUUUAUAUGCAGAUGAUAAAUGGGUUAGUGCUGACGAAACUUCUGUAACCGCCGAACAAUCUCUAAUUUCUCUUCAGUACUACAAUUUACCCGUUUAUCACGGUUCUCCCAAUGCGUUUUGUGUUGAAUUUUUUGCCGUCCACCAUAAUUUUGAUGAGAGACUUUGUUUAGGAUUUAUUGAAGCUGCUUUUGAAGUGUUCCAAGAUUUAGAUUACUGUAUAUUUACAAUACCAUCACAGUCUCCGACUUUUCCACUAUUAGAUUUAUUUACCAGAGUUACUCCUAGACCUUUGAAAAGAUUUAAACAAGAAUUAUACGUUUGUCAUAGAAGUUCCAUCAUGAUUACUUUUAUGAGAGUUAGACGGGUUAACAAAUCGGAUCUGGAUGAAAUUGCAAAUUUACUUAAUGGUAUCAAAAAUAAGGAUUUUAUUUAUGCGGAUAUAGCAAGUAGUUGUUUUUACACUGACAGUGCUUACCAAGCAUUUGUACUCGUUUGUUUUAAAUCCAUAGUCGGUGUUGCUGUAGUAUGCGAUUUAUUAGACUUUGACAUGCACAAAAUUGAUUACCACGCUAUAUUAAAGCAUUUAAUUUUAAGCCCUAUUUAUCAAGCCCACGGUCGUUUUUUCCUGAGGGAUAUUAUGAGAAUGGCCGAUACGACUGCUUUAUACAGAACCCGUUACGAAGAAGCAGAGGGCAAUUGGAGUUCGUCAAUAAUAAACGUAUUGGGUCAACUGGUACCGGUCAAACCUAAAAGAACUUUUCACGUGCCAUCUUUAGGAACAAAUGUUCCUCCUCCGCAUUUUCUUAUCGAAGAAGAACCAUUUUCUUUAUAUCAUAUAAAUUCGAGAAUAUGUGGAGUAAAAAAAUUUAGCUGCAAUAUAAACGUUGUCGUGGUGGGAGCUUCAAGAACCGCAUUCGCUUUUUUAGAAUACGUUUUUUUUUCGCCUUCUGCAACUUAUGUCACUUAUAAUAAUUUCACUUUGGUAGAUCCUCAUGGACUAAGUACAGAUUUACCAACUCAUCCAGCAAGAGAUUGUAUUUUUCCUUUCCGCGGAAAAUUUAGUCGUUAUUACAAAAUACAAAUAUGUUUGAAAGCUUAUGUUAAUUACGUUUACGGUAUUAUGACGUCAAUUAAUAGAGUAGAGAAAUAUAUAACCAUUAAUAAUGAUUUAACUUUACCUUAUGAUUACCUGAUACUAUUGUGUGGAAGACAGUAUGUUAUGCCCGUACCAUUUUCAACAGUUUCUGAAUUUAAAGAAUGUCGCAGAAGAUUUAGACCAAGAUGCACUCUAUUUAAGUAUUUAACAAAUUUGCAGAGCAAAGAAAAAGAAUUUGAAACUCCUUAUCCAUCGAAUGUGUUUAUAAUUAAUUCUUUAGUGGAUGCCACAAAUGUUUUUAUUUCACUACAAUAUUUAAUUCAUAAAAGAAAAGGAUCUGUUAUUAAUACCCUGAAAGAUUUAAAAAUUGAUCACUAUCAGGGAUACAUAUUACACGAUUGGAAUUUUUGCGAUAAUAAUCAAAUUCAAUCGGCUACAUUUCAUGCAGAAAAACCAAUUAAUGAAGCUUCUUUAGUUUACGAUGGAAAACUUGUUAUAAAUAGCUCAUUUCAAACUAAUGAUGAAUACAUAUAUGCAGCUGGUGGUUUGACUAAAUACAAAAGAAAAUAUUAUGCCACUGAUCGAAAUCAUAAAUACUACAAUGCCAACGAAUUAGCCGAAAUUAUCAGGAAAAAAAUUGAUCCGACAAUGGAAGAUACGGAAAAUGAAAAACCUUCCGAAUUAGUACCGGAUAUGAAGGAACCAUUAAUUUUUUACGGUUCCUUACCUGGAGAUUGGAAUUUUUUACAUAUAAAAAGACCUGGAAAAAAUAAAGAAAUAGACACUAAUACAACAAUUCAACAAAUUGGAGAUAUAUUAAUAACCGGAGAUUGUAAAAUGAGUAACGGAAAUGGAUAUUUUAAAUUGACAUUAGAUGAUUUCGGUUUCGUCAUGGAUAUUAUGUUGUUUGGAAAACACGAAAAACUUCUUAAUGAUUUAUUAGUUAGAUUCGAUUUAGGAAUGAUAAAUGAUUUUUAUUCAUAUUUUCGAGAACCUUGGACUUAUGCAAUAUAUCAUGACGAAUUUAAAUUUGUUCAAAGUGAUAAUUAUAAAUUACUUGAAGAAGAAGUACCUCCUGAAAAUUCAGAAAAAAUUGUCGAUAUGGUUAUGAAAACUCUUAAAGCUAGUAAUUGGCAAAGGCCUCGUAAUGAAAGCAUAAGAGAAAUUAAGGCACAUUUUAAUCAAUCUAAUGUUAAACAGCGAAUAAUUGACAACAUAUUAGAUUUUCUUUAUUAUUACGAAGAACCUUUUCCGAUGUACGCCACGCCAAAAAUUCUUCAAGCUCUUCUACGUGAUUCAAAUUCUUCCGUACUUCAUAAACUUCCUCCUCAUGAAGGUUCGACAAAAUCCUCAAUUAGAAUUUCCGAUAUGGUUCACCGAUAUUAA